UGAAAGCCGGACGGUUGGGCAGGGAAGGAGACUGUAUGAGACGCCACAAAGCUCUUACCCGUGGCGACACACUCUACCCUGGAUCACGGCCCUACUAUCAUCCUCUCCGCCGCCCUCAUCGAAUCUCCCGCGAUUUAUCUAACAAAGAGCAUGACGCAUUCGAGGAUCCGUCUUGGCCUCGCCGGGCCAUUCGUAUGCCCCCAAGCAACCGCGAUUGUGACUUCUACCCGCGCGUCCGACCAACUUCUACGCCCAACGAAUAUGGCCGUUUUGGUUACAGAAUCGACCCAGGCAUCGAUGUCUGCCAUGAGAAAGAAUUUCAUCGCAAACCUCGAAGUAUAUUGGUGAAGCACGCCCACUCAACGAACAAGACCGUUCGUUUUCGCGAGCCGCUGGUGACAGAGUAUGUCACGGACAUUCGUGACCUCUGGUAUUGGGAGGACGAGACUCCGGAGACCAAGUCUACCUACGAACAAACUGACGAUGAGCGUAUUGUUGACCCGGGGAGUCAACCCUUCAAAUUCCCCCUUGGAACCGCAGUCUCUGCCGUCAAUCUGGUCCGCCCCCACCCGCAGCCGAUCCCGGAAGGUCGGACCGAAUCGAUUUAUGCUUCCCAUUGGAGAAAGAUGGAGGCAGAGAAAAAGAAGCGACAGCAGGAUGACGAAUUCCCUGCGCGCAUCACACCCAACGGCCCAGCUGUCCGCCCCCUUUCGUCCGCCUGGGAGGCCCGGGUAGCGGCUUUCAAAAGUGUGCCAGCAAACAAAACCGUCGUGACCACACGCUCUGGUCAACCACUCACGAAUAGAUCUCUGGCCACCUGCUAUACUCCCAAGGAGUGGCUUAACGACGAAAUCAUCAACGAGUACCUGGACAUGAUCAUCGACUAUCUCCGGCGGACGAACAAUAACGAUGGACGGCACGACACGCCCCGUUUCCACGCCUUUAAUUCUUUUUUUUUCACGCAACUACAAGACAAUGGAUAUGCACGGGUGGCGCGAUGGGCAAAAAAAGCGAAGAUCGGAGGACCAGACCUCCUCAAAGUCGACAAGGUCUUCAUUCCCAUCAACCGUCAUCAUCACUGGACCUUGGCUGUGGUGCAUCCCGCCGAGCGGGCCAUUGAGCAUUUCGACUCUCUCGGAACGAGGUCCCUUUACUAUAUGAUGAUUCUAAAAGUCUGGCUUCGCGCGGAACUCGGCUCCCAAUAUGUUGAGAGCGAAUGGCGGCUCCUUCCGUCUCUGUCGCCGCAGCAGGACAAUGGAUCUGACUGCGGUGUUUUUCUUUUGACCACAGCGAAAGCCGUAGCUGUCGGUAUUGAGCCGAUGGCAUAUCGAGCACGCGAUGCGAUACUGCUACGUCGCAAGAUAGUAGCUGAGUUAGUAGCCGGUGGCCUGGAAGAUGAGCUUUUCCCCAGCAAAGAUGGACAGCUUUUGCUGUGAAGCAUGGGGUGAUUUGUUCCACUUUUUUCUUUUCUUCUUUUCUUCUUUUAUUUUUUUUUUUUUGAUUGUUGUACCUGGAG